UGUGACAAUAGGCGGCUACUGGAAACGGGGUGAAACCAAGACAGUCUGGUGGCAGGAGCACCGCCCCCUGACCGCUGCGGCCCCCUGGCCGCUGCUGUUGCUGGCUGGCUUCCCUUGCUUGAGAGCAGAGGACCCAGGAGUCAGGGUGCACAGGCUCCCUCUCUCUGAGACACUCAGGGUCUGGAUCACCUACCUCUUCAUCCCUCAGGACCCAGACACCCAGCUGUCACCUCCAUGGAGCCCUAUCGGUCCCUGGCCCUGGUCUCUGGCUCCCUGGGCCUGGCGUCCAUCCUGGUUGCUCUGAGCACAGAUUACUGGUUCAUGGCGGUGGGCCCCAAGUUUUCAUCUCAUUCGGGCCUCUGGCCAUCAGGUCACCAGGACUCAGUAGCAGGCUACAUCCACUUGACACAGAGCUUCAGCAUCCUGGCCGCCCUGUGGGGCCUGGUGUCCGUGGCCUUCCUGGUGCUGUCCUGUAUCCCCUCGCUGUCCUCCCCGGGUCGCGGUCCCCUCGUCUCUGCCUUCACAGCCUUUGCUGCAGCCCUCUCUGCAAUGGUGGCCAUGGCGGUCUACACCAGUGAGAGGUGGAACCAGCCUCCAAAAGCCCAGAUCCAGUCCUUCUUCUCCUGGUCCUUCUACCUGGGCUGGGGUUCAGCUCUCCUCCUGCUCUGCACAGGUGGCCUGAGUCUGGGCGCUCACUAUGGUGCCCCCCGGCCUGGCUAUGACACCUUGUGAGCCGAAGUGACAACAGCCGAUGGAGCACUAUUCUCUGGAGGUAUCAUCAGGAGCCACGGGAACACCCAGCGUUUCCCCCAGCCUUCCCCCCAGCCUUCCCCCCAGCCUUCCCCCCAGCCUUCCCCCCAGCCUUCCCCCCAGCCUUCCUGCCCAGCCCUUCUGCAAACCCUCCAUUUGCUUCUCCAUCCAUUCAACAAAAAUUGGCCAGGA